GCUAUUUGAACGCAAGCUUCCCUGAAACAUCCGGGCACUUGGAUGUAACCGUUCUCCCUCCGAUAUGGCGCAGGCACUUUUUGAUGCACUUGCCGCGGGCAAUGCAAUCAGCGACACACAGACUGUUAUGGCAGUACAAUCUUUAUUGGAGCCUCAGACUGUUACACAAGUGCUGGAUGCUCCUCCUUUGGAAGAUGAUGACCUGUUUAUGUGUGGAAAGUGCAAAGAGGAGUUUAAGUCACUUCAAACAUUCAUGGAGCAUAAGCAACAACCAUGUGUACAACGUCAACAAAAACAUAACCGGAUGGUACAAGCUCCACCUCCACCCCCCUCAGCUUCACAAUCACAGAAUAUUGGACCACCAGGCACUGGGUUCACUUCAGUUGUUCCUCAAAUCAUGGACGUUAGAUCCGUACAGUACAAUCAAGUGUCUCAACAAUCUCCUAUGUCUCAGAUGCAGCAGAAUAUGGUAUUGUCUGAUGACCUUAUGACAUUUAAUAUUGACCAGAAUUACCAAGUUAGCAAUGUGCAGACACUACAGGGUACAUCUAUCCAGAGCAAUCCAUUCUUGUCUCAAAUCAGUCCCUUGACCUCACGUAGCAGUCUCAACAAUAGCUCAAUGUACAGUGCAGCUAAUGCACCAGGCUACUCUGGACCUAAUUCUACAUUCACAAACACUGUACAGUCAAACCCUGUUCCAAUGCAAAAUGUCCAGUUGAAGUUUCUCUCUCAGCAGGGCCAGCAGCAAAACCAAGUGACUCAGAAUCAGCAGGUGACUGAUGUUCAGAUUCACAAUGUGUCAGAGAGUGAAAUGCAGCACAUUCCAUCAUCCAGUGGACAGACACAGAGUGGGAAAAGCAUUCAGCAACAGAGGGUUAACAAUGUCAGAGCAAAGAAGCAAAGCAACCUAGUGAACAACAUGACAGACGUUGAUCCUGGAAGUAUCAAAGGAAGACGUGGCAAGAUGAAUACACAGCCUGAUAUUGAGGACAAUGCAGGUCUCAAGAAAAGACUGAAAUGUCAGUAUUGCGAUAAGAUGUUUUCCAAGAACUUUGAUUUACAACAACAUGUACGCUCUCACACGGGAGAGAAGCCUUUUCAGUGUAUCGUGUGUGGAAGAGCUUUUGCACAAAAGUCCAAUGUCAAGAAACAUAUGUCUACUCAUAAAGUGUGGCCUACGGGGACAAACAAUACAUUACCCAAGCAACCAGAGGCAAUAGUCAUAACAGGGAACAGGAGCAUUGAUAAUGAUGAUGAAAGACCAAAUACCUAUUUAAUUAAAAAUUCCAUCUCAGGAGGCACUUCAAGUGAGACAGCAUCAGCAUCCCUUGGGACAUCAGUGAUAUCUAGUGAGGAAACAUUGGAGAUCAUGAUUGACAAUGACUAUCUCUGUCAAUACUGCCCUGCCAAAUUCAAGACAUACUUCCAGCUCAAGACUCACAUGGUUGUCCAUAAAUCAGAACAGGUUUAUAAAUGUAUCCUUAAAUCAUGUGGAGAGACAUUUCAAGAUUUGGACUCAUUUCUGGAGCACACCAAGAUGCACGAGGAUCAUAUGGAAUAUAGAUGUCACAUGUGCAGCAAAGUCUUUCCAUCUCUCUAUGAACUAGGGGUUCACCAGUAUUCACACAGCCUCUAUCCCAAUCAAGGGCCGAAACCUGUACCCAAAUACUUCAAAUGCAUUAAAUGUCAGAAUAAGUAUGCCACUCCAGAGGCCCUGGAGCACCACAUCAACACAACCAACCACAAAUAUGCAUGCCCCCACUGUCAGAAACAGUUCACCUGUGAGAGGUACCUGAGGAGACAUCUAUUGACACAUGGACAAAGUGAUCACAAAUGUCCUACAUGCAAGAAGCUUUUCAAGACUGAACAUUAUUUGAAGAUGCAUUUGUUAAUCCACACUGGUGAGAAACCAUUCAAAUGUGAGGUGCAAGGAUGCACAUCUUCUUUCAAUCGUAAAGACAAGUUGAAGCGCCACAUGCUCAUACAUGACAACAACAAGAGGUUUAAGUGUCCAUUCAGAAAUCAUACAGGCUGUAUGAAGGAGUUCAACAGGCCAGACAAACUGAAGGCACAUAUUAUAUCACACAGUGGACUGAAACCAUUCAAGUGUAAGACUUGCAACAAGAGAUUUACCAGGAAACCUCACCUUGAGGAACAUGAACUUCAACAUACUAAAGAGUAUAGGUUUAAAUGUAAGGAAUGUGGGAAAGGAUUCUUCCGAGAAAAACUAUACCAGUAUCAUAAAUGUAAAGCUCAAGAUUUUGAGGAAGAAGAACCUGUGAAAAUUAUGAAAAGCAAAAGGUCAGGUCGGCGUGUAGGACGUCCCAGGACAAGGGUAAUCACAGUGUCUGCUGAAACUCUCAAAAAUGCUAAACUAUUAGGAGGAGUGCCAAGGAGACGUGGUCGACCUCGUAAACACCCAAUUGUUGAUCCUCAGGAACCAGCUCCUGAAGAGAAUAAAUCUGAUGAAACUACUGAGCCUCAAGAGGACCUGAAUGAUGAGCAAGUGCACGUUGAUGUUACAGAAAAAACUGAUUCCCCUGAGACUAUUGAAGUUGAGUGUAAGAUCAUGGAAUCAAAUGAGGAUGUGAUUUAUUCGACUCAACUCUCAGAUGUCCAAUUUGGAGAUGGGACAAUUGAUGCUAAUGCUAUCCAACAUGUUGAUGUUCCUCCUGGGGCACAAAUUCUAAUCACUACUGUGGACCAGAAUGGCCAGUAUCUGACCCUGCAUUCUCAAGGGGAGGAACAUGCGGUUCAGACCAUGACCUCUGAUACAAACAGUCCAGCUCAUAUAGUUCUAACAGAUGCUAGUGGUUCUCAAGCCUAUGUAACAGCGGAACAGAUUGCAGAUUAUCACACACAUGAAUCUGAUCCUGUAUUGCAAGGCACAGAAAAUUUACUACAAGCCUCUGAGGAAAUACUUCGUUCUGCUGAUAGUUAG